CAUUAGUAUGGUGCAGCCUCACUUUUGUCCAAAAUCUUAGUAGUACCAAUACCAAUACCCUCGCAGCCAUACCCACACAAUCAUCCCUCUCUCUCUCAAUUAUGAUGAUGAGCUAACAACAUUGAAAUCAGAUGAUAUAUAUACUGGCGGAGAAGCGAUAGAUUGUUUCAAUUCACAAACUGAUUCUCAACAAAAAACCUAAUCAAUCAUCACUACAAUGAAGCACCUCCACCACCACGACGCCGCCGUCUCCUCCUCCGACGCCGCCGCGCCGUCCGCGCCCCCGUCGCCCUCGCCCUCCAAUCGCUCAUCGGAGAAGCCCUCGGCCGCCGUCGAGGAUCCGUGCCGCGACGCCGUCGCCACCUCCUCUUCCUCCUCAUCCUCCUCAUCAUCCGCCGCCGCCGCUGCCGCCUCCGACUCUGUCGUCGUCGAGCGCCGAGGAGACUACUCCGCAAUCUGCAAAUGGACUAUUUCUAAUUUCCCCAAGAUCAAAUCGCGCGCGCUCUGGAGUAAGUAUUUCGAAGUCGGGGGUUUCGAUUGCCGUUUGCUGAUUUACCCCAAGGGUGAUUCGCAGGCGCUGCCUGGAUACGUUUCUAUCUACUUGCAAAUCAUGGACCCUCGAAACACUGCUUCCUCUAAGUGGGAUUGUUUCGCCAGCUACCGCCUCUGCAUUGAGAAUUUAUCGGAUGAUUCGAAAUCCGUGCACCGGGACAGCUGGCAUCGGUUUUCCUCCAAGAAGAAGUCCCAUGGCUGGUGUGAUUUUGCCUCGCUUAAUUCACUUCACGACCCUAAGGUUGGAUUCUUGCAUUUGAAUAAUGAUUGCAUACUUAUCUCGGCGGAUAUAUUGAUACUUCAUGAGUCCUUUUCUUUCUCGCGCGAUAGCUAUGAUUUGCAGGCGAAUAAUGUGUCGUCUAUGGGUGGUGGAGGGAACGGACUGGUUGUUGGGGAUUCUUUGAGUGGGAAGUUCACUUGGAAAGUGCAUAAUUUUAGUUUGUUUAAGGAGAUGAUUAAGACACAGAAAAUAAUGAGUCCAGUGUUUCCAGCCGGGGAGUGUAAUUUGCGGAUUAGUGUGUAUCAAAGUGUAGUGAGUGGGGUGGAGUAUCUGUCCAUGUGCUUGGAGAGUAAGGACACAGAGAAGAACUCCUUGGUGUCGGAUAGAAGUUGCUGGUGUUUGUUUAGGAUGUCCGUGUUGAAUCAGAAGCUGGGUGCUGGUUCAAACCAUGUGCAUCGGGAUAGCUAUGGGAGGUUUGCCGCAGAUAAUAAAAGUGGGGACAACACGAGUUUGGGUUGGAAUGAUUACAUGAAAAUGGCAGACUUUCUGGCUCCCGAAUCAGGAUUCUUGGUGGAUGACACUGCAGUUUUUAGCACUUCAUUUCAUGUUAUUAAGGAGUUGAGCAGUUUCUCUAAGAGUGGUGCUUUGGUUGGUGUUAGGAGCGGGGGUAAUUUGAGGAAGUCAGAUGGAUAUAUGGGGAAGUUUACCUGGAGAAUUGAGAAUUUUAUCCGCUUGAAGGAUCUCUUGAAAAAGAGAAAGAUAACUGGCCUUUGCAUAAAAAGUAGGAGGUUUCAGAUUGGGAAUCGGGAUUGCCGCCUUAUUGUUUACCCCAGAGGACAGUCUCAGCCUCCAUGCCACCUUUCAGUGUUUCUUGAAGUUACAGACUCGCGAAAUACUAACAGUGAAUGGAGUUGCUUUGUGAGCCAUCGUUUGUCAGUUAUCAAUCAAAGGAUGGAGGAUAAGUCUGUUACUAAAGAAUCUCAGAAUCGAUAUUCCAAGGCUGCCAAGGACUGGGGUUGGCGCGAGUUUGUGACCCUUACUAGUCUCUUUGAUCAGGAUUCUGGAUUUCUAGUCCAGGAUACUGUUAUCUUCUCUGCUGAGGUUCUUAUAUUGAAAGAAACAUCCACAAUGCAGGACUUCACUGAUCAAGAUACCAACUCACAGAAUUUGCCUUCUUCAUUAGACAAGGUUGGGAAGAGGAGUUCCUUCACAUGGAAGGUGGAGAACUUCUUGUCUUUUAAGGAAAUAAUGGAAACUAGAAAAAUCUUUAGCAAGUUCUUUCAGGCUGGUGGCUGUGAGCUUCGAAUUGGAAUUUAUGAGUCCUUUGACACAAUAUGUAUAUAUCUGGAGAGUGAUCAAUCAAUUGGCUGUGAGCCUGACAAGAAUUUUUGGGUGAAGUAUAGGAUGGCUAUUGUGAAUCAAAAGAAUCCAUCCAAAACUGUUUGGAAGGAGUCUUCCAUUUGUACAAAGACGUGGAACAACUCCGUUCUUCAAUUUAUGAAAGUAUCAGACAUGAUGGAAGCUGAUGCUGGGUUUUUGCUGCGUGAUACGGUUGUCUUUGUCUGUGAGAUCCUGGAUUGCUGCCCAUGGUUUGAGUUUGCUGAUCUGGAGGUUUUAGCUUCUGAAGACGACCAAGAUGCUUUGACAACAGACCCUGAUGAACUAAUUGAUUCUGACGAUAGUGAAGGUCUAAGUGGAGAUGAAGAAGACAUCUUCAGAAAUCUUCUCUCGAGGGCUGGCUUUCACCUUACUUAUGGUGAUAAUCCAUCUCAGCCUCAGGUCACUUUGAGAGAAAAACUUCUAAUGGAUGCUGGAGCAAUAGCUGGUUUUCUAACCGGACUCCGUGUUUAUCUUGAUGACCCUGCAAAAGUAAAACGCUUGCUUCUUCCUACAAAAAUAUCUGGUAAUAUUGACAGGAAGAAAAUAAAUAAGGACGAUGAAUCUUCACCCAGUCUGAUGAAUUUGUUGAUGGGAGUCAAAGUUUUGCAACAAGCGAUAGUUGAUUUACUUUUGGAUAUAAUGGUUGAGUGUUGCCAACCGUCGGAGGGGACUAGUGAUGAUUUGUCAGAUGCUAGCUCUAAACCUUUCCCAGACAGCAGUGGCGCGAUUAGUCCACUAGAGUCUGAUGGCGAGAAUGAAACAACAGGUUCUGCACAGCUUUCUGUGGAUGAUAGAUUAGAGCCUGGAAUUGGUGAAAGUGUAAGCGCUUCUGCUGUGCAAAGCUCUGAUGUGAACAGGAUUAACCUAGGUGCAAAAGCUGUUCCUGAACAGCCUAUUUGUCCUCCAGAGACAUGUGCUACUAUUUCCAAUGAAAACCACUCUCAUCAAUCCAAGGCUAAGUGGCCAGAGCAGUCAGAGGAACUCCUUGGAUUGAUUGUCAACUCUCUGAGAGCACUUGAUGGAGCUGUCCCCCAAGGUUGUCCAGAACCAAGAAGGAGGCCGCAGUCUGCCCAAAAGAUUGCUCUUGUAUUGGAUAAAGCUCCCAAGCAUCUACAGCCGGACCUGGUUGCUUUGGUUCCAAAAUUAGUUGAGCACUCAGAACACCCACUUGCUGCUUGUGCACUUCUAGAAAGGCUUAAGCAGCCUGAUGCAGAACCUGCACUGCGUUUACCCGUUUUUGGGGCACUUACUCAGUUAGACUGUAGCAGUGAAGUAUGGGAGCGUGUUCUUUUCCAGUCACUGGAGCUUCUGACUGAUUCCAAUGGUGAAAUCCUUGCAGCAACAGUGGAUUUUAUAUUUCAAGCUGCAUUGCACAGUCAGCAUCUUCUUGAAGCAGUGAGAUCAAUACGAGAGAGACUGAAAAAUUUGGGUACUGAGGUCUCUUCAUGUGUAUUAGACUGCUUAAGCAGGACCGUAAGUAGUUGUGCAGAUAUUGCUGAAUCUAUUAUUAGAGAUAUUGAUUGUGAUGAUGGUGCUAGUGAUAGUAUGCAAUCAGGGAUUUUUAUAUUUGGUGAAAGUGGGCCUGUUUCGGAAAAACUGAAUUCAGGAGAAGAGCAACAUUUGCAUGUUAGUCGUCAUUUUUCCGAUAUUUAUCUUCUGAUAGAGAUGUUAUCUAUACCUUGCCUUGCAAUUGAAGCUUCUCAAACUUUUGAGAGAGCUGUAGUUCGUGGCACUUUUGUUCCUCAAUCUGUAGCAAUGGUCUUGGAAAGACGCCUUGCUAGACAAUUGAAUUUGACUUCCCAAUAUAUUGCCGAAAAUUUCCAGCAGCCUGAUGUAGACACGGAUGAUGAAGCCAUUGAGCAACUGAGAGCUCAAGCAGAUGAUUUUGCUUCAGUUCUUGGUCUUGCUGACACAUUAGCACUUUCCAAGGAUCAACGGGUCAAAGGAUUUGUAAAAAUUCUUUAUACUGUGUUGUUCAAAUGGUAUGCUGAUGAGACCCACCGAUUAAGGAUGCUAAAGAGGCUGGUUGAUCGUGCAACAAGUACUGCAGAUGCGAGUCUUGAAGUAGAUUUAUAUUUGGAGAUUUUGGCGAUAUUAGCAUCUGAGGACCAGGAAGUGGUGAGACCAGUCUUGAACAUGAUGAGGGAGGUUGUUGAGCUUGCAAAUGUUGAUCGGGCAGCUCUUUGGCAUCAGUUAUGUGCCAGUGAAGAUGAGAUUCUUCGUGUCCGUGAAGAAAGAAAGGUGGAAGUAACUAGUGCUGCUAAAGAAAAAGCUCUUUUAUCUCAGAGGCUGAGUGAAUAUGAAGCUUCUAAUAUUCGUCUAAAGUCUGAAAUGAAGGCUGAGAUGGAUCGCUUUGCUCGGGAAAGAAAAGAGCUGGCUCAGCAGAUACAAGAAGCAGAGAGUCAAAUGGAGUGGGUUCGCUCAGAAAAAGAUGACGAGAUUACAAAGCUUAAAGCUGAGAAGAGAACUUCUCAGGAUCGUCUCCAUGAUGCAGAAGCACAACUCUCCCAGUUGAAAUCUCGAAAACGUGAUGAAUUAAAGAGGGUAAUGAAGGAGAAAAAUGCUCUUGCUGAGAGACUGAAGAGUGCUGAAGCAGCACGGAAACGGUUUGAUGAAGAGUUGAAAAGAUUUGCCACAGAAAAUGUGACUCGUGAAGAAGUCCGACAAUCACUAGAGGAUGAGAUUCGUAGCCUGAGACAAGCAGUUGGGCAAACAGAAGGCGAGAAGCGUGAAAAGGAGGAUCAGAUUGCUAGAUGUGAAGCUUUUAUUGAUGGGAUGGAAUCCAAAUUGCAGGCCUGCCAGCAAUACAUUCGUCACCUUGAAGGCCAACUUCAGGAGGAAAUGUCGCGACAUGCUCCUCUAUAUGGUGCUGGCUUGGAUGCUUUGUCAAUGACGGAGCUGGAAACACUAUCACGCAUACAUGAAGAAGGGCUGAGGCAGAUCCAUGCCAUCCAACAACGUAAAGCAAGCAGUCCUCUUGUAAGUAGUCACAAUCAUUCUCACACUCACGGGUGGUUCCCUUCUACUUCACUUCCAAUGGCUGUUGGAUUGCCUUCUCCUGUCCCAAAUGGCGGUGGGAUCCAUGGCAAGGGUCACGCAAAUGGUGGUACCGGACCCUGGUUCAGCCAGUAGAGCGGGAGUAUAGAAUCCAUGCCACAUGUCCCCCGACUGGACAUUUGACAUGGUGAGAUACACAUUUAUAGCAUACCAAAAUCAGUGGAUCAAUUUCUACUUUUGUUAGUUGGCUUAGGCAUUUUAACUGGUAGGCUUUUUGGAGAGCCUCGAGAGAAAAGCUGAUACAGUAGAUCCCUUUGGGAAAAUAUUGAUCUCUGUAGGCUGUGAAUCCAAUAGCAAUUAAAUGCCAUAAUUGAGUUUUUCUUCUCUUCUA